AUGAACACCAACUCCUUCCAUGGUAACUUGUUUUUUGAGGAUUCUGGGGCGGAGAUGGAGCAUGGGAUUAAAAUUGUGAAGCAGGAGGAAGAGGAGGAGGAAGAAGAACCUUGUUCUAAGGAGACACAAUCUUACAUCCUCUACAUUGGAAACCUGAACCCCAAGUAUUCCCGUGAAGUUCUCUGCAGCAUGCUGAAAGACAUCCUUGGAAUGGCCAGUGUCACCCUUCAGAGACACAACAUUGAAGUGAUCAAAAAACGCAGGCAAGCCUAUGCCUUUGUCCAGGUGGCAACAGAGGUCAGCCUGGAACAUGUUCUGAAGCAACUGCUGCUUGUCCCUGAAGCAGAGAAAGACCUUGCCAAGGAGCUUGUGAAGAAAGGAAAAAAUCUAGUUGUGGGACAAGGCAGGAAGUUUGCAUCUGGUAGCAAAAAUGGCGGAGAGAGUGACUCUGCGGAGAGCAGUUCAGAAGCUCCUCUGGGAGGGCUCCAAGUGCCUGAGAGAAGGAGGAAGUGGCUGCCACAUGAUACUCAGCCCAUCAGAAAGUCUCUUCAAUAUCCUUGGAGACUGAGAGGCCAGCCAGUGACUUUUCUAAGCAGCACUUGCUCAGACAGUGCCAUUGUCCAGAAAGAGAUCAUAGGCAAAGAGUGUCUGUUCUAUGGAGCCUUCAUGGGCAAUGAGACCCGGAACGUGGAAUUCAAGCGUGGCAGCGGCGAAUAUCUGGCAGGAACCCUAAAGCAUCACGUGCGGAAGUAUGUGUGUGCUUUCCUUAACAGUGAAGGAGGCAGCCUUUUUGUGGGGGUUGAGGAUAACGGCUUUGUACGUGGAAUUAAGUGCAACCACAAGGAUGAAGAUCGAGUCCGCCUGCUUGUAGAUUCUCUUUUGAAAGGCUUCAAGCCACAAGUGUUCCCAGCAGCUUAUACAUUGAGUUUCAUCCCAGUUAUCAAGGCUGAAGGCACUGGCAUCUUCCUAAAAGUCAUCCGCCUAAGUGUUCAUCAUCCCAGGCAGCAAGGAGAGCCUCUUCUUUAUGAAACAGAUCAAGGGGAAGUCUACCUCCGGCGAGACGGCAGCAUUCAGGGCCCACUCACGGGGAGUGCGAUCCAGGACUGGUGCCGGCAGAAAUGGACAGAGGAGAUCAAGAAGCUGGAAGCAAAAAUAGAGAGAUUGCUGAAAGAGAAUGAAACCCUGCAGCAGAAUAUACAGCAAGCUACCAGAUCUCAAUGUUGUGCCAUCAUGUGA